UCGGUCGUUUAAUAUUUCACUGGUGGGCGCUGUUUUAAGAGAGCAUUAUCUAGCUGUGCUGUUGCCGCCGUUAUACUCUAAGCUCUUAUGUAAUUUAUUUUCUCAAAAUAUUUAUGUUCGUCGUCAUUUCCGAUCGAGAGAGAAGUGUCUGAAACGACGGACAGUGUGUCGUAGUAGUUUGGUUUCUAAACUUGUGGAUUAGAUGGAGGCAGAUGAUGGCGACUUCCCCACUGAGCCAUCAGAACAUUCACAUUCGCAGCGCGGAAGUGUGGCUUCCUCGGUCACCAGAGCCCAAGAUUUGAUGGUUUACUUGGCGAGCGACAGUGCAGUGCACUUGACUCUGGAGGGUCUUGGUUGUAUGAGUGCUAAGGAGCUUGGCCGCAGUGUCAGAGAGCCUCUCAACAUUCCCAACUCUGCUGUAGAUGUGUUUGCUUUCUGGUUCUGCUCUCCAUUGCUUGAACUGCAGUUAAAGCCGAAACAUCAGCCCUACAAACUGUGUCGUCAGUGGCAGGACCUGCUAUACCGCUUCACUGACGCCCCUACAGAAGACAUUUCUCAAGAUGAGCCAAGUCUUCUGUACAAAAGAAGUGUUUUUUAUCCCAAGUUUAAAGAACUUCAGAUUGACGAUGAAGGAGUAUUGAAGUUACUUUACGAUGAGGCCAAGAUGAAUAUAUUAGAGGGCCGUUACCCGUGUGACCCUGAACAUUGGCUGACUUUGGGAGCAUUGUCCUGUGCUAUUGAGCUAGGGACAGGGCAUGAUGACCAGGCCGUAAAAGCAGCAAUCAGAGAAAAGAAGCUGUCCUCCUUCUUGCCAGCCCACGUCACAUUAGGAGGAGGUUUUCUGUCCACGUUGAGGGGGAGGGGAGGACGACAUGCUGAGAUGGAGCAAAAUCUUAUUAAGGAGUAUCGUUCAGUCUGUUCCUCUUCUGACGGCUCUAGUCUGGAGCCCACCGCUCUGCUGCACCAGUACCUCAGAACCUGCCACACCCUGCCUUAUUAUGGUUGUGCUUUCUUCAUGGGUGAGAUAGACAAGCCAGCACAGGGUCUACUUCACAGAGGUGGUCGUAAGGUGGUGCAAGUGGGCAUCAGUUUGGAAGGAGUGUAUGUUAUGGAUAUAAAAGAAAAGCAUGUCCUACUGGGUCUUAAAUUCAACGAGCUGUCCUGGGAUCACAGUUACCCAGAAGCAGAAGGAGAUUCGCAUAUACUCUGGCUAGAGUUUGAUGGGGAGGAGGCCGGCCUACAUGUCAAUAAAUUAUUAAAGAUUUAUUCAAAACAGGCUGAGCUAAUGAAUGGUUUGAUUGAGUUUUGUGUGGAGUUAUGCUCUUCUGGUGAGUCAGGAGCCACGGGGACUGACGGUGAGGUCACACCCUCCCAAGCACCUUCAGGACAGGUGGAAACCAGUGAGAAAACCCCAGAGCGAAGACGGGGGAAACUGCGCAGACAGAACAGCGUGGUCUGCAGCCGAGUCCAUUCUCUCAACACCAUUAGCUAUGUUGUUGAUGACGGUAAAGAGGUCAAGCGUCUAAAACCGAAGAGAGCUGCUUCCUUUUUUACGCGACAGGCGCAGCCUCCCACUUACUCGGCUGUUCAGGUGACUGAAAGUUUGGAGCAAGGAUGAACCCCAGCUUCACACUGCCCGGCGACCAAAACUCUGUCCAUUGAGAUUCUCAGAGACACGUUUGUUUACGCAGUACAGAACUCAUCUGAAUGGACGGAUCGGACCAAAAUCACAAACCGAAGAGUUGAACCACUUUUAUAGAUGAUUUGUGCAUUUACAGGUUUAAGUUGAUGCUUUUUUCUUUGCCUGUACAAAAAGAAUGUGAAAUUUGCAGUUUUGUUUAACUAACAUGCUAAACUAAGACAUUUUGGUUCAAGUGCAACAGCUGUAUAAAAUAGGGUGUGACACACUGACUGUUAACCUCUACUAAAGGUCACUGUGUUGAAUUCAGCUAUGCAACCAUCAAACAACAUCCCAGUGGCUGUAAAUCUAGAGUACAGCGGUCCAAUACUUUAAUAUGUGUCAUCAGUACUGCUAAAACCAAGAUCUCCUGCACCAAUGCAGUCAGUGCGUGUUAUAUGCAAACCAGUGCUGCAGUUUGGGGCAGCAGAGCAUUCUGUGCUGUAUUUACUGAAUGGGUGUUGUUUUUGCUGUCAGUUUACCACUAGGCUUGUUGGCAUAUGCAGACCGAGCAACAAGAUGCUACUGCUUAAUCUGUUUAAUAAUGACCAAAGUUAAAUUGACAGAUCAAGUCGAGUGCAGUUGUCCUAAAUUCAAUAUAACUUUGUAUUGUGUGUUUUACUAUUUGCUGAGAAUACCAGUGUGCAUCAGUGGUCACUACCUUGUUGCUCAGAAUUAUUCAUUUCUGUUGGUUUUCUGGUGUAAUGCACUGCUUAAAACAUUAUCCAGGUUAUCUUAUCUGUAAGGCAGAGUGAAUCAUUUAUAUCUACCCUCACUUGUAAAAACAAGUUGCUGGUUGGUGAUAUCAGUCAGUGAUGGUGUAAGUUCACUAGUUCUAUUUAAAGAUGUGUUUCAAUCAAUGUUUGAAACUUUUCACUAAGUAUUGAACUGUAUUUCAAGGCUCUCAAAGCUUGAAUGUAGUCUAUGACAUGUUUCAAAAACACAGGGUUUGACAUUAAGCUUGUCGAGGACAACAGAGGGAAGGAAGAUGUGUAAUUGGACUUCUAGUUCAUAACAUAAUUCACGAUAGAAAGCUUAUUGUCUGAUCCUGAAGGACCAGCUAAAUACCUUUUCGUUACAAUUUUUUUUACCUCGUGGUCUCUAAAUCCCCAGCACCUAUGUGCAUAUUAUUGAAUGUCAGUAUCAGGCGCUACAACUGUUGAGCAUUCAAACCUAUGGCUAAUGAUAUUAAUAUUAUAAAGAAAUGUUUGUUCAAUGUACUGUAUGUGCACGGAAAAAAGUACACAAUCUGAAAAAGCCUAAUGUCAAGCCCUGAUUAGUUUUUUUUUACCAAAACACAAUAUAUAUAUAUAUGCAUGACAUCUACUUAAAUUGAUUUUGUGAUUUAUGCAUGUUUCUGUAAACCUUUCUUUGCCCGCUUUGCACAUGGGAUGUAAUCACAUUUAUUAGUGUGUAGAAUGAAUACACUAAAAAUUCAAAAGCUGAACUGUGAAAUGAAAACACCAACAAUUACAAAACAGACCAGCGGAACAGUUUAAAUCUCAGCGUUUUUUAAAGAGUGCUUGUGCUGUUAUCAUGCUAAAUACAUUUAUCCAACAUUGCAUAGUCUUAUGUAACACUGUACCAUGUUUUAUUUUCCAUUCUAGACUGAAUUUUCUCAUUUUAUUUUAAUCUGAGCAAGACAGACGGAGUGUCUGACCUGUUAGAUACAUUUGCACCCCCUAACUGUACUGAAGAUAGUUAUACCUGUCAAAAACUAAUUUAAAGUGCCUUUUUUACAAUCACAUUUUCUCUGUUGCUGUAGUUUUAGCCGUCAAUGUCGUUUUUUAUGUACCCUGUCUUUUAGUUUAAAAGUUUAUCUUCACCUUUGUUGUUUAUGAAGUUUUUACACAAAUGAGCACUACCAAAUAUUUGUGACUGUAAGAUUAACUGAAUCCAUUUAUAUGCAGCAUUGAAUCUUUUUAUUCCUGCUUUGUACUAACUUUUGGCAUACUUAUCAGUACAUAAUUGUCUGUAUAAUGGAUUUUAUAUUGAUGUUUUAUUUAAGUAAACUAUUCCUGCAAC